AGUUCUCAUUCAUGAUUGGGUACGCAAUUUUCUUUCUUUCUGUCUUUAAUUAAUUUUGAUACGUUACAGGGACUUUGGAGGUUCGGCUUUGUGUGAGUGGAUUUAUGUUUGAUGGCUGAAGAUAAUAUAAAUUCAUCACUGGACUUGGAAACACUUGCGAAGGAGUCUGAGGGAGGAUGCCCUAUAAAAAGCAGCAAAAUAGAAGCAUUGGUUCUUCCUUCGGAUGGGAUUGGUUCAAGAAGAUACUCUACGGGAAAACAAAACUCUCAUCCCGGUAGUGAUCAAACUACCAAUCCUCACUAUCUCAGAGCCUCUACUGGUUCUUGCCAUGAUUUCUGCAAAUACGGAAGGAAUCAUUCUUCUGAACAAAAACCAGUCCUUCCUCUGCCACGAAGAAGAAAAAAACCUUUAAAUCAGAAGCCCAUUCCUGCAAGGGCUUCAGGGACUAGUGUGUCUGGGGCCCGUGAUUCCGAAGAAGCCCACUUUCAAACACCAGCUGAAAUCAUCAAAGAUGUAGUCUUUUUGCAGCCUAAGGAAGUCGAGUCUUCUCCAGUACAAGAUUUCUCAAAGUUGGAAAGGAAAAUAAAGAACAUGUCAUCUAAGGGCCAUUCACCUAAGCCAUUGACACGACCAUCUCUCUCUAAGAGUCUAGACAGCCUGAAACCAAGUUCAAGAAAAAGCUGGGAAAGAGAUGCCAACACUAAACCUGGCAGAAAGAAAGUCAUGGAACCCCUAACUGAUUCAUCAACCUCAAAGUCUUCAGUUAGUGAAGCAACAAAGCUGAGAGAACAGGUGAGUAAAGGCGUCGAACCCCUUACUGCCUCAUCAACCUCAAAGUCUUCAGUCAGUGAAGCAACAAAGCCUAGAAAACGGGUGAGUAAAGUGGUGGAACCCCUAACUGCUUCAUCCACCUCAAAGUCUUCAGUCAGUGAAGCAAUAAAGCCGAGAAAACGGUUGAGUUUGACCUCAACACCUAUGAAGAACCAAAAUCAAACGGGGGAAGCUGAUUGCGGGGCCAAAGAGGGAGUAUCUGAGAAAACAUUGCAUGUCAUCCAAAUGGAAGAUGUGGAGCCCACUCAAGAUGGUGGAAUUAUUGGUUCACUCUCAUCACCAGAAUCUUUAUUGUUGCCCGAAUCUUCAUCCGUUUCACACACUCCAGAUUCAAUCAUAGAAAGUAAGCCGAGCAAGACCAUGACUAAGUCCAAGCAGCCUGUUCUCCCUAAACCAGAUAUUCCAUCACCAGUGAAACUAAAAUUUAGGAGAGAAGACGGCAACAAGGAAGGUAAAGAUAAGACUUUGGAGUCUGUUGAUGAUCGCAGCACCUCAUCUCCCUUACCACCUUCCUCUGGAAAAGAAGAUGAGAAGAACAUAUCUGCUGACAGUAAGGGAGUUAAAAGUGGGGGAAGAAGUCAGAUCAAAACUUCUAAAAGGGGAAAUCUCAUUGUCGCUAGAGUUGAAACUCCUUUACCUGUGAAACUAAAGUUUAGGAGAGGAACGGUGGUGAAUCUCCAUCAAGAAAACAACAGUGGUCCGAGGAGACUAAAUUUUAGAAAAGGAAGGACUGUGAGAAAAAAUCCAGAAGACAAGGAUACUGUGGAUGGCAAAGAGGGGGGAGAACAAGAUGCCAAAGAGGCCGGACCUGAACUUGCAACCAGUAAAGGAGGAGAUGACAAGAAAAUAGGUUCUAACAGUAAUGGAGCCAAUCUCCAUAAUGAAAACAAGAGAUUUAGCUUUGCAAAGGGCGGAAGAGAUCUGAGGGAAAUCCAAGGGAGUAAGAGCAGUGACUCUGUGAAGAGGCGAAAUUCAAAGAAACGAACUGAGGGUGGAGAAAAUAGUAAAGAAGCGAUGGAGCCGAGGAAGGUGGUUUUGAGGCAUCACCAAGAUGUGCAGGAGGGAAAGAAAGACGGGCAGGGUUUAUUACUCAAUAAUGUUAUUGAAGAGACCGCAAGCAAGCUGGUCGAGAGCAAGAAGAGCAAGGUUAAAGCUUUGGUUGGUGCCUUUGAAACCGUGAUCUCUCUACAAGAGAAAAAACCAUCUGCUAGUUCAGCUUCUUGACAGAAUAAAAAACUCUGCUCCAAAACACAGAAAUUUGUUUUAUACUGAAUAUUCUUUCUUACCACUUUCAACAGGAUGCCACAGAAGAAUACUCUUCUUGAAAUUUGUUUUACUGGUUUGAAAACCACCCCUGUUAGCUAAUUAUUUGGGGGAUUAGAGAAAAAAAAUUCCUUUUUUGUUUUGUUCUCGGGGGAGUUUUCCGGUUUUGUUGGCUCAGUUUUUGGUCAUUUUGUUUUGAAACAUGCAAAAUUGAAAACCAAAGCGAGUUGCUUAAAACCGUUUUGGUUUGGUUAUGUUCGGUCAGUUUUGGUCGGUUUUGGGUAUGUUUUAGUACGUUUUUGUCGGUUUCGGUAGGGUUUUUUCGUCCAUAAACCUUAAACUACAAAUCAAAUCGCUAAUGAAUGGGUUGGUUUUGG